AUGUCUUCAUUCGACGGCAAGACGAUCGUGGUCACUGGCGCAGCAUCUGGUAUUGGCCUUGCAGUUGCUAAGCUCCUAGCAAGUCGACGUGCCCAACUCUCGCUCGCCGACAUGAACAAAGCCGGCCUUGAGGCUGCUCUCAAGUCUCUUCCUAGCGAUGGGCACAUCAUCACCCAAGUUGAUGUGCGUGAAAGCCAAGAAGUGAAUGCGUGGAUCGAGAAGACCGUUUCUGUCUUUGGUGAGCUUGACGGUGCUGUAAAUAUGGCUGGCGUCUUUACCCACGGGACAUGUCUUCGUGAUGAAACUGAUGAUAUGUGGGACUUCAUCAUGGGAGUAAAUGCUCGCGGUGUUUUCAAUUGUUUGAGAGCAGAGCUAAAUCAUAUUAAAUCUGGAGGAAGCAUUGUAGGCGACGAUCAACCUUUCUUGUGGAAUAAGAAAACUCAUGCCAAGCAUGCUGUCAUUGGCAUGUCUCGAUCUGCUGCAAAGGAGAACGAGAAUAUUCGCAUAAACUGUGUGGCACCAGGCAGUGUACGAACACCCAUGAUGGAGGGUGAGGGAAUGGCUGAAGCUGUAGAAGCAGAAGUUGCGCUGCAGGUUCAAAAGCGUCUCGCUGAGCCCCAUGAAAUUGCAAAUGUUGUUGCUUUUCUUCUCGGUGAUGAAGCUAGUUUUGUCACCGGAGCUGUCUACAACGUUGAUGGAGGUUGGAUCUGUUAG